CUCAAUGCUAGGGAGAAGUGGGAGACGUAGUUUUGGCGAGGCACCAGCAUUUUUUAGCAGAGGCGGCGAGACCCCUUGUCGAACUACAACUCCCAGGAGCCCACAGCGCCUAGCCUGGGCUGCGACAACGGCGCCGCGCUCCAUUCAUUCUACAGCGCACCCCGGCUCCUAUGACAGUCUCCUGGUUUCAUGAUUUCUCCCUCAGAUGCCACUCAAACCCCAUCCCACUGGAGAUCUCGCUGGUCUUCAAACCGACCUCCUGCUCCCUUUGGUGUAGGGGUGGGGGGGGGGGGGAGGCUCCCCAAUGCAGGCCAGGAUCCCCCCCCCUUGCUCGCGGAAGGCUUUCCUCGCCCUUCCCUCCUCGAGGAGGGGCGGGGAACUCGUUCAAUACCUGCGGGGUCGCCACGGAGAGGAGGGCCGGCCUAUGGCAUCCAGCCCCAGAAGGCAGGACCAGCUGAGUGGCUUGAAGUCACAUUAGGACGGAUUUGAGCUGAAUAUCAGGAGGGAGGGGAGAGACAGACAGAUAGAGACAGAGAGACGUACCAAGGGCUCUCCUCCUCCUCCUCCUCCUCCUCCUCUUCGUCGUUCUCCUGGCGCGUCCCGUGUGCUGCGGGGCUUCCCUUGCGCCACAGCGCCCCCUGCCGCCACCUCGAAGCAGCGCUGCGUCGCCCGGCCCAAUGCGCGUCCAGGCGCCAAGCCGCCCCCACUGACCGCUCUCCUCCUCCUCGCGUGGCGGGCGCGGCGGCGAUUGGCGUGAGCAGCUGGGCAGGAGGAGGAGGAGGAGGAGGAGGAGUGGGCCGGCGUGCGGCUUCUCCUGCCGGGAGCCCUGGCGUUGGGUCUCCGAGGGCGGCCGGGGUGCGGGUGGGUACGCGGCCAUGCUGUCGAGGAAGGGCAUCCUCCCGGAGGAGUACGUGCUGACCCGGCUGGUGGAGGCGGUGCCGGAGCAGGCCCGCUACCGGGCGCGGGAGCGGCGGGCUCGCUUCGUGGGCAAGAACGGGGCGUGUAACGUGGCGCACAAGAACAUCCGCGAGCAGGGCCGCUUCCUGCAGGACGUCUUCACCACCCUGGUGGACCUCAAGUGGUCGCACACGCUGCUCAUCUUCACCCUGUCCUUCCUGUGCAGCUGGCUGCUCUUCGCCAUGAUCUGGUGGCUCCUGGCCUUCGCCCACGGGGACCUGGACCACAGCACCCGGGGGGGAGGGGACCCGGGGGACGGCUUCGUGCCCUGCGUGACCCAGCUGCACUCCUUCACCUCGGCCUUCCUCUUCUCCAUCGAGGUGCAGGUGACCAUCGGCUUCGGGGGCCGCAUGGCGACCGAGGAGUGUCCCGCUGCCAUCCUGGUGCUGAUCGUGCAGAACAUCUCCGGGCUGAUCAUCAAUGCCAUCAUGCUGGGCUGCAUCUUCAUGAAAACGGCACAGGCACACCGGCGGGCCGAGACCCUGAUCUUCAGCAAGCAUGCGGUGGUGGCCGUGCGCGGGGGGCGGCUCUGCUUCAUGCUGCGGGUGGGCGACCUGCGCAAGAGCAUGAUCAUCAGCGCCUCCAUCCGCAUGCAGGUGGUGCGCAAGACCACCAGCCCCGAGGGCGAGGUGGUGCCCCUCAACCAGGUGGACAUCCAGCUGGAGAACCCCGUGGGCGGGAACAGCAUCUUCCUGGUCUCCCCACUCAUCAUCUGCCACACCAUUGACUCCAGCAGCCCUCUCUACGACUUGGCCCCCUCUCAGUUGCUCCACCACGAGGACCUGGAGGUCAUCGUCAUCCUGGAGGGGGUGGUGGAGACCACCGGCAUCACCACCCAGGCCCGCACCUCUUACCUGGCCGAUGAGAUCCUCUGGGGCCACCGCUUCGUUCCUAUCGUGACCGAGGAGGACGGGCAGUACUCGGUGGACUACUCCAAGUUCGGCAACACGGUGAAGGUGCCCACACCGAACUGCACUGCCAGGCAGCUGGAGGAAGACAGCAGCAUCAUGAAGACUGUGGUCUUGUCCCCCAAGGCCACCAUCAGGAAGAGGUCGGUGAGGUUGAAGCCCAAAUUUACCAUCUCUGAUGAACCCUCUUGAUGCCCCUCUUGCUUCUCAGUUGGGCUCUGGAACCUGACGCCGUAAACAUGCUCAGAGAAAGUGCCGGAUUUAAGACAAGUGAGGCCCUGUGCUAGUGAAGUUAGGAGGCCCCUGACUUGGGCUCUGAAGGAGGUCGGCCCGGUAGGCCUCCAUUGCCUACUUUAUGACACACUCUCAUAGACUUUAUCAUUAUGUCUGGAAUCGCUCCAAAACAAAACGUCUUCAAAUUUAAAAAUGAGCAAAAUCCACCAUAGAAAAAUUUGGGGCACAGGAAGUGCUUAAGCACAAUGGUAAAUCCAUCACUGCUCAGAAAUUGCCUCUGUUUCUGUUAUUCAGGUAGGUAAGGUACCGAUUGUGCAAGACAGCUGUGUGCAUCCCAGUAUCUAACAUGAACCAAGCAUCCAGAAUCCCCUCCUUUGACUUGCAGGGUUAUUUGCACAACCACUUGGGGUGGAGAAACUAUCCAAAACUGAAAGACACCCCCUUUAUUUAUUUCUUCUUUUUGAGAACUCAUUUUCUAUGUAUUCUAUUCUGUUAGCUCUGCCUCGGCUUUGGAUAGACCAGACCUGAUGUUUGGUUGUUGUUUUUUUAACUUCUAUGCUUCCGAUACUGAAGGAGGCUCCAUUGGUUUAAUAAGAAGGUCGUUAAUUUUCCUGACAACAAAGACUGUAGACACAAGGGUGCCUGUUUACGCUGCAAUGCUUUAUGUCUUAAGAAAUGUACACAUUUAAGUUAAUGCAUAAAUAACAUUAUAGCUUCUUUCACUUGAAGCAGAUUAGGAGUUUUGUGGGACACAGAUAUCUUGUAAUUCAGUCCAGUUGUCUCCCAGUUCGUGCUUGGGUGUAGGAACUGGGAAAAGGAGGCAGCUCAAAGUAUGAGAUGGCGGUUAAGGACGUGAGGUGCAAAUAAGAAAAAUGAAAAAUUCAAAACGGGUUUAUAUUGUGCCACAGUCACCCUGUGUAUGUCCUUCCUCUAACACUACUUUAAACUUUGUUGCGUUUUCACAGUGCCACCUCCAAUGAGAUUUGGAGACACAUUAUUUCUGGCCUUGUUCAUAAUAACUGAAAUGCAAGAUUGAAGCAUUUACAUCCAUCGCAUUUUACUAUUAAAAGGCUGUCUUUUAUCCCUAAGAUUCUUUCCACGCUUCUAAAAGGUGAAAUGUCAAUUGAAAACAACAAACCCCGCCCCCCAAUUAAUCUAUGGGAAUGUUUCAAUGUAAAUGGGAUGUAAAGGAUACAUAGUAAUGAUACCCAAGUAGCAUUACUCCAACAAUAUUUUCUAGCGAGUACCACCUCCUAUGAAAUUUGGAGAUAUAUUAUUUCUGACCUUGUUCACAAUAACUGAAAUAGUAAUAAUAAUAAUAAUAAUAAUAAUAAU